AUGUUUAAGGUGAGUUUCAGUGGCUUGCGAGAGCGCGACGUCGUCAGUGAUCUGAAGAAAUCUCUUUUCUGUAUCUGGUUCCAGCUGGUGGUGAUCAUACUGUGCUUCGCCACGCUGCUGGUUUCCACCGGGAGUGCACUGAAGAAAGACGAGUAUGAGAUCAGUAUCAAGCACGGUUCGUUCGCCGUCCACCAGCGGCACGUGAACGCGGACCAGGGGACGGCGGUGGGCACGUCGCCCUCGGUGCCACAAGCGCCCACGGUUGCCCCCGCGCCAGGAAGUGCGAGAAGUGGUGACGAGAAUGGCCAACGAAACGAACAGUUCUUUGGUGAUGGUGAAAACGGAAACGGUGAGAGGAUUUCCACCACGCUAGCAGUUCCGAGGCCAACCACUCAAAGUGCGGCCGAUGUAGUGUCAUCGGGUGCGGAUCGUAAGACAUCACAGACAGCCGGAUCCAGCAUAAAUAGUAUCGAAUUCGGUGCCGUGUCGCCGGGACUCGAGGAAGUCCCGCUGCAGGAGACCGUAUUCCAAAGCGGUAAAGGCUCCAGCUCGUCCUAUCAGUCGUUGGAGCAAGACUUCCGCCGCAAUCCUGCGCCAGAGCGGAAUGCGAUCGUGAAGUCGAUCAGUGCGCAGGAUUUCUACAACACGCCACAACUUCGUGAUCGUGGUCCAGUGUUGUUCGCGACCGAACCUACGACCACCACGUCAACGAGCACCACAACAGCAAAACCUCCCGGUAAGCGGUUGAAGUCGAUCCCCAAAAGUGCCGUCGACGAAAACGAAGAGAUCUACCUUCUGUUGAAAUAUGAAAAUCCGCGCAAAAACUCAGAAGAUAGUGAACAGCCGUCGGGAGUAGAACGAAGUGCAUCGAAAGACAAUACCAAGGGUAACAUUCCGCGUGAACGCCAAGGAGUUUCUGAGACAGGACGAAAGGAAACCAAAAACGAUCGAGCUCGUGCUUCUGGAACGCGAGGCCGUCCUCAGGCAGAGGUGACAACGAAUGACGACUUCCUGCAGGAAGGAAUCCGAGCCGGUGGAAGCUUCACAACCGUGGGAUACUUCGUGAAUGACGUCCAAACGACAACGCCUAUGACUCCUGUGUCUACUUCCACUAAAACACCCGUCGCAUCGACGAACAAACUUCGCAACAGUUACGGAGACUUUCUGAGUGAAGAUUUCAAAGACUUUGAAGACUCCAUUCGCCCGAUCGAGGAAAAUGUCGAUGAGAACGUCGAGGAUUCGGAUGACGUGGAAGAGGCUGCUGGUGAUGGUAGUGAAGACGCCGACGGUAGCCCUCCGGAAGACAUCGACGCCAAUCUGGAUAUCAUCGAGAUGACACGAAUCCUUGCUGGACGCCAGGGUGGUCUCACAAUUGCUGAGUUCAAUCGGCUGUUCAAGGACUACCUCAAGAAGGAGAUAACCGCGGACGACCUGGAGGAGUUCACCAAGCUCGAGGGAGUCACGGACAAUGAGGCUCCAAAGGCGGCCGCCUCGACCGACACGGAUCCCACAAAGUCGUUCGAUAUUCGGGCGGAGAAUGGGAAAAAGUCCCAGAAAACGGGAACUUUGGCUGGACCGACCGCAGCUCAGAAGCAGCAGCUCGAGAAGCUGAAGGUGUUGAUCAACAAACCACCGGGCAAGGCUGGCGGACGCAAGGAGAAGCUGGUCAAGAUCGGCUACGGUGGCUCGAAGUCGUUCCAAGGGGUGUACAAGUCGCAAAAGUUCCUAGAGAAGGUCAAAUCGGAGCGGACUCCGCUGCCGUCCGAUGGACCGUGGAGUGGACUAGGCUAUAGGCAACAACUACCGGCGCGCGAGAUAGGACCGAUGGCGUACGUGGACAAUCCCGUGUUUGGCUUUGUGCCGGGAGCGGCGAGACCUCGCGUUGGAAGCAGCGGUGCCGAGUCAAACGUGGCUACCAAUGGCGGUCAGAGCUAUGUUAAGUUCCAGAAAAUCAGCUAA